AGUUGUAAUUCGAUUUUUAUCUUUCCUCGAAACGCACGCUAUGCGCGAACCAGGUUCAGUCUAGGAUCAUCCCAAGCAAAAAGGCGAUGGCAGGCAAUGCGUAAUGUCAAUUCUGCUUGCAUCUGUUCGUGCAUAAAAUCCACUGGACUGGCCCUCGCCGCAGGCGCUGACGCAAGCAAGCAGCGGACAUCUCGACAAUUUCCACACGAAAUCAUUCUCCUUUGCUGCAAAACCGAGCGAAACCCUCAAUCUCUACUGUUUGCCAUCGUCAAUUUAGCUCUUCGAAACUCGCAGCCGCGUUCCGGCAGGCACGUGGGCCACCACCUUCCACAUCCUCUAAAGUCGACAGCAACAUUCCUUACAAGGCCCUGGGACGAGAAAACGUUGUGGAACAAAGAGACGGCCCGCCAUGGGUCUUCUUUCGAACCCGCUCCGGCGGCCCCAGGAGCAGCGUCUGCCGCUCUACCGCAGGACCGACUCGCCGACGAAGGAGCGAUACUCCAACGACAGCUACUUUUCCUCAGAUGACGACUCGGAGAGUUCAUACUCCCCCUCUUCACCGUACUCAUCAGGAAAUGCCUCCGAUGCUGCUCCAAACCGAUCGCUCCUUCGGCCAAAGCGGCUGCGGCCAGCCCCCAAGCGGAAACCCGCGAGCGUCUAUCCCUAUCGACUGCCGACCAAAGUCACCCGGUAUAUUUGCUUUGGCAUUGCUGGAGUAAUUCUCCUAAUGAUAUUCAGCCUCAUCCGAGCUAGCCAAGUCGAGAACUGGAAGGUAGCAAACGGCAAAAUUAACAAGGCACCGCCACCUCCACCCGUCUGGGAAACGUUCCCAUUCCUGGAGAGAUACUAUGGAGGAGUAAGAACGCUGAAGCCUUUCCGGGAGAGCAAGCCAGAGUAUCCGCGACCUAAUGAGCCGCUGGCGUUGGCUCGGCCCGGCGAAGAGAGCGCCGUCGACGUUCCCGAAACGGAGAGUCGUGACGAUUCCGCGCGGAGGGACGUCCCUACCAGCAAGGCUUGGACGGAAUACCCGAAUCGGAGCAAAGAAUCCGAUAUGAAAGAAUGCUUCAUCGACACUGCUGGCAAGGUCCGCCCACCGAUGUUGCGCUACUACCAAGGUCGACCACUCGGCUUCCCUGAGAGCGUCGCUGGGUCCUAUGAUGUCUUGAAACUCCCCGAAGACAUCUGCUUUGAGAGAUUUGGUCGCUAUGGGCCUUACGGCUUCGGAUACUCAACAAGGACCGGUGGCUUGGGUACCGGGGAGCACGGUGAGAGCGAAGGAUCCGACAAUGUUUGGAGCCAGAGUCCCCGCGUGGACUAUCGCGAGGUCGAUUGGGCCACGGUGCAACGCCAGUGCUUCAAGAACAACGCUGCGCGAUUUAAGGAGCUCCCUGAAAAAACACCACAUCCUCAUGGAUUUUACAUUGGCAAUAGCGACUCAAGCGCUCCUCUGCGGAGAGAUGCUCCCGCCAACAACAGCACCGCACAGGAGACGCAAUUCACCAAAAGCGGCAAGGGGGAGAAGACAGAAGGGGUCACCAGCGAGAAGAAGGCGAGAACGGCAGUUGUGGUGCGAUGCUGGGACGAAUAUCUCUUUCGAGAGGACGACAUUGCCAACCUGCGCUCCAUGAUCGCAGAGCUGUCGCUAGGUUCUGGUGGAAGAUAUGACGUCCACCUUCUCGUGCAGGUGCGAAAUGACGCCCAUCAUCCGAUUUGGGCAGAUCAUGAGGCGUACGAGCAAAGAAUACGCGAUAGCAUCCCGAAAGAGUUCCGAGGACUCGUCACGUUAUGGACCGAGACACAGAUGCUGUCGCUGUACCAGGGAAUCUACGACCUCUGGAGCCGCGGACCGGAGCUUCCGGUGCAUGGAGUCUACCGUGGCUUGUCUAUGGCGAUGCAGUAUUUUGCCUAUAUGCACCCAGAGUAUGAUUACUUCUGGCAGUGGGAGAUGGACAUCCGCUACACUGGCAACUACUACGACUUCGUCACCAAGCUUGAAGACUGGGCCAAGGCGCAGCCCCGGAAGGGUCUGUGGGAACGCAGCUCCAGGUUCUACUUUCCCACGAUUCACGGCUCCUGGGAAGACUUUUCUCAAAUGUCGCGCGUUCAAAGCGAAAUGGGCGUCGUCGGGUCUGACAAUGUCUGGAGGAAGAUGCCCGGCGUGAAGAACCCCGAGGACGCCGCCAAAGUCAAGGGGAAGCCUGUUUGGGGUCCGGUCCGGCCGUCUGAUCAGAAUGACUGGUUUGAUGUGGAGCAAGAUCCUGUGCCCCAAACGCCAUAUGAGGGAGAUCGCUACCAGUGGGGUGUCGGAGAAGAGGCUGAUUACAUCUCGCUGAAUCCCAUCUUCGACCCUGACGAGACGACGUGGAAGCUCAAAGAUGACAUCACGGGCUUCAACAGGUCGCAUCCCAUGCCGCCGCGGCGUGCGUCCAUCAUCACCACAUCACGCAUGUCUCGUCGCCUCCUAAUGACAAUGCAUCGCAUGACGGCCUACAAGAAGCAAUUCGCCUUUCCCGAGAUGUGGCCGGCGACAGUGGCUCUGCAGCACGGUUACAAGGCCGUGUAUGCACCGCACCCAAUGUACGUGGACAGGAGGUGGCCAGUUGAUUUCAUGGCACAGACGUACAAUGGCGGCCAUGAUGGCACGGCGGGCGGCUCGCGAACGAGCGUCUACGGCGAGCGCGAGCACAACAUGCAGGGGCUGAGUUGGUUUUACAAUUCUGGCUUCGCGCCCAACCUAUACCGCCGCUGGCUUGGCCUCAAGGUCAACAACGAUGGUGGCGAUGAGUUCGAGAGAACGGAGGAUCAGAGCAAGCAAGGCGGCUCCGGACCAAGCAGCAUGCCUGGUGGCGAAGGGCGGAUGUGCCUGCCGCCCAUGCUGCUACAUCCUGUCAAAGAUGUGGAGCUGCCAGUCGAGGUUGCUCCGGCUCAGGGCGCGGAAGAUGCUGUGCCUGAGUCGGACCCUACUGCGUAAAUAUGGCGUUCUAUGGUUCAACUGCCUUUGUGUAUCGAGACAUUGCUGGGAGUUGGCACGGCGUUGGAUGUACAUAUUACUCGCACUGAAUUUGAAUAAUUGGGAC